AGGAGAUUUCACCUGCUGGUUUUGGCGCAUACAAAAUUAGGAUGACCUACAAAUGGUUUUUGUUUCUCCCCGGUGGGCUCAUGCUCCCGAUCUAGGGUGGGGGGGCAUCGCCCCGUUCUGCCAUGAAAGGCUACACCCCCCAGCGCACCCGUCACCUGUCAGACUGCGAGCCGCCCCGUUCUCCCAGUCACCGGGACCCUCUGUACCCCCCGUCUACGUCCUCCACCCUGUCCCACGCCCCGUUUCUCCUCCCAGCAGCCAUGGAGCAUUACGGAACCCUGGACCCGUAUCACUUCUCCCCGUCGCCUGACUGCCUGAUGCCCCUCAACAGCCAGCUGUCCUCCAGCAGCACCUUCCCCCGGAUCCACUACAACUCGCACUUCGACCAGGGCGACUUCGGUCCCACAGCCGACAGCAUCGGGGGAAUCAGCACCGGGACGCUGGGGACGUCUAUGUCCAUGGGAAUGGGUCUCGGAGUGGGACGGACCGCCAUGAUCACCAGCGGAUCCGCAACUAUAUCGGGGGCAGGAAAGAUGAACCGGUUGCCGCCUAACCUCCUAGACCAGUUCGAGAAACAGCUGCCAGGUCAACAGGACGGCUUCAGCACGUUACAGUUCCAUCGAAGCACUGCGGUGACGACGACCAAACAGCAGCAACAGCAGCGGACUGACAGUCCGGGAAAAAUACGCUACUUAGUUCACUCCGUCCAGAAACUGUUCGCUAAAUCCCAGUCGCUGGAAAACUCUGCCAUCAAGGGAAACAUGAACGGCCGCAACAGCAGAUCGUCGAGCAGCGAUGACAAACACCAUCGGAGCAAAAGCAAAGACCGGGCGAAGAGCGAAGGAACUGCCAAACGGAGGCCACGAUCCAAUAUGUCUGGAUACUGGAGUUCUGACGAUUUGGACAGUGAUAUAAGUAACUAUAGGAACCCAAAGGCCAUGAUGACUUUGGGUCAUCAAGCGGUGGGAUCUGGACCGGGGCCAGGUGGACAGGUGGCAUCCAGGUACUUCAUGCAGGGCUACAGCACAAUGAGCGAGCACACGCUCAAAUCCUCAAAGAGUAACAGUGACCUGAAACACCAGGGGCUCCCUGCACUCCCGGGACCUGGCGGUGGUGGUGGUGGUGGGGGGGUCGUAGGAAGCCGAGGACCGAUGUUUGAUGGGAACUUUGGUAAAGGGGGACCCUGGUCCACACUUACGUUAGGACCCUCCAGACAGGUGUGCCAGAAGGGCUCGGCCACGCUGGAUCGCACCCUGCUGAAGUCUAAAUCUGUCCAGCAGGAUCUGGGCUGCCACGUCCUGCAGGUGCACGGGAGGAUUAAGCACAGCUGGUCUUUCUCCCCUGCAUAUGCUGAGCCUCGCACCAGCUUUCUGCUGCUCACGUGUAUCUACCGUCUGCUGGACUACUCGAUGCUGCAGGGGGAUCUGGAGGCUCUCUGGUCCCCCCUCCACAGCAUCAGCACCCUGCAGCAGAUCGGACGCUCUGUCAGCCGUCUGCUGGACUACUCGAUGCUGCAGGGGGAUCUGGAGGCUCUCUGGUCCCCCCUCCACAGCAUCAGCACCCUGCAGCAGAUCGGACGCUCUGUCAGCACAGAUCUGAUGUUUGGGUUUUGCUUGCAUUUCAUCAUUGCAGACAAGUGGAUUGUGAUUGGAGAGAGAGAAAGCCUCCUCAGCGCUUGUAAUGCUCACCCUAACUGCUAUAAGAGCUCUGAUUGGACGCUGAAUGGAAACGCCAUGCACCCGUCACUGUUCUUUCUCAAUCAUGCCAGCCCACAUCAGCCGUCGCUGUGUCAGCAGGUGCGAGACAUGGAGCUGAGUCAGGAUUAUGGAGACGAGCUGGAGGACAUGCAUCCUCACUCCCGCUGCAGCGAGCCUCCUGACAUGCCCAUGCCCACAUGCUUCCGCUCCCGCAGCCAUAGUUACCUUCGCGCCAUUCAGGCCGGCUGUUCUCAAGACGACGACACGGCCUCGAUGGACUCUGAUUCACCGCCGCCCACGACCACAACGACCGUACGCACCUACAGCAACAGCACCGUCUCCACAUGUAUGACCUCCUGUAAGAGGGUGGCUCCGCCUCCUGUUCCCCCUCGAACCACCUCCAAACCCUUCAUCUCCGUCACCGUGCAGAGCAGCACCGAGUCUGUGCAGGACUGCUAUCCCGACCGCAAGAGCGAGGUAAACAGCCAAUCAGGACGCAGCAACUCCUCCGACAGCCUCGACAGCCUGGCCAAAGGGUCACGACCCCAGCUUCCUGUAGCGCCGCCCCGUGUACCCCAGGCCGUUGUCAUCUCUCCCAACGCGCUCCGAGAGUCCCAUCAUAUGCAGGUGAAGGGGGAGGCGCUCGCUGCGGACGAACCCCCUGUAGACCCCGUCCCGAGACGGAAACUCUCCUCCAUUGGGAUUCAAGUCGACUGCAUUCAGGAAAUCCAGGCUAAAGUAGAGACGCCACCGCUGGCCAGAUUCCAGUCGAUCGGAGUUCAAGUGGAGGACGGCUGGACUUUCAGUCGCUCCAGUAGUAUGGCCUCUCGGCAAGAGACGGACUCAGACACGCAAGAUCUCUCGCUCACAUCGCUGACGUUCCCAUCCAACUCCAAACACACCGAGAAGAAAGUCAUGGUCAACAGCGCCAGCCAGUCGGUGGACUCUCCUCCGCAACUCUCCCUCGACAACGGUAACCAUGACAACGGCGUAACGGUGACAACCAGCGGCCCCUCCCGACAGAUCCUGACCAAUCGCUCGACCACGCAGAGCAGCUCCUUGUCCUUCUCCGAAUGGUUUUCUGUGUCUCUCUCUCUCUCUGUCUCUCUGUCUGUAGUUUUGGGGAAGGUCCGUAGCGCGGUGGGCUGCGCUCAGCUCCUCAUGUCCCAGAAGUUCCAGCAGUUCAGAGGCCUGUGUGACCAAAACCUGAAUGUGAACGCAAACCCGAGACCCACGGCUCAAGAUCUGGCUGGGUUUUGGGAUCUUCUUCAGCUCUCAAUAGAAGACAUCAGCCUCAAGUUUGACGAGCUUUAUCAUCUCAAAUCAAACGACUGGAAGCUGCAAGGAGACUCGCCAGAGAAGCAGGAGAACCAGAAACAGGCUCCUCCGGUGCCCAAGAAGCCUGGGAAGAGUAAACCCGCCCUGGGCCGAGAGAAGAGCAACGACUCGGUGGACAAACAGAGACAGGAGGCUCGCAAGCGGCUCAUGGCGGCCAAGAGAGCUCAGUCCGUCAAGCAGAACUCGGCCACCGAGAGCGCCGACAGCAUCGAGAUCUACGUGCCCGAGGCGCAGACGCGGCUCUGAGGAGACGCACACCAAACAAGCUCAAGGGCUCCGGCGUCACACACAACACCAAAAGCUGCUUUUGACGGCGUCGAGGUGAGAGAGGGGGACGGAAACCACGCAGUGCAAACAGACUGCCAAGGAAAACCUCACAACAAAAAUCUUAUUAGUUGCAAUUAAUAUUAUUGAUAUGAUAAUUCAUAUCGGACUGCUAUUGAUUAUUAUUAUUGUCCUAGAUUGUUUCAAAUGUUCUGGAUAAGAACUCUUGUAUCGUAGAAACACUCCCGCCGCUCGCGUGGAAUCCACGUCUUCCUGUUACACGCUUCGGUUCCUGUUCUUCUUUCUCUCUUCCUUCACCAGAGAUGCUCUUCGUCUUUUGUUAACAGUUUGGAUCGAUGCGGCAGGUGGCGCUCUUCCGUUUCCCAUGUUUUGAUGUUUACGAAUCAUGCGUUGUGGUAUAUCUCCAUCUCAGGUCCUAAAGUCUCACGGUUGUCCAGUUCUCAUGAGUUUAAACAAUCUUAAUAGUCCUUGUUAUUUCUGCUUUGCUUUAAGGAAAGCAACCUAACCUGAUGUUUUAUUGAAUGAAGUGCCUGUGGAUCAUUAUUGUGGGUAACUUUACGACCCUUGUAGCAAUAUCAAAGAUUAUAAUAUCACAAUUUAAUCAGCACUCCCUAAAACACGUAGUGUAGACGCUUUGGCGGUGGGAUAAAACUUAAAGAGCUAAAUAUGAUUCUUCGUUCCUUUUCAUCGUCCAGUUUCUCUUUCAAGCUGCACAGAUCUGUUAAAACUUGUCGCUCCUCAUCAUGUCCUGUUAGUUUGAAUAUAGCAUCGAAUAUGACGGAUUUGACUAGAUAAAGCAGACUCUUCUGUAACUGUUGAUCAGGGAUGUUGUAAACUCUUGAGAAAGUCUUUACUGGGAAUUUU